UCGCCCAUUGAAUGCGAGGGGUUUUCAAAACGACACCAGUCAUUCUCAUGCGUUGACGAAAGACGUUGUGAUUUCGGACAACUGCAACUGUUUUUAAGGAUGAGUGCUGUUGCUGUGAAUGAUGAGAAUCGUGGGGUCUGCCCUGGAGGAAAGCAGAACGGCUCAAUUAACGACAUAUUUGCUCUGGAUCAGCCGACUGGGAGGCCCUCCAUCCUGCGACAGACAGAGAACCUGCCCAGCAAGACGGUGCCAAAGGCGGCUAAGGUUUGUUUUCAGACUCCAAGAAGAGACCCUGCCACUAAAAGAAUCGUAUCUUCUCCAUCCAAGUCUCUUAAGAUGUCAAGUGUGGAUGAGUGUACCAAAGCAAUCGAUUCCUUAACUUUGGGUCCAAUUAAUUCUUUACAUGAUGAACCCAAACAAGAAGUAUCAUCCUAUCCUGACGAUGACAUGCCCAUACAAAGCAAAGGAGGCUAUCAGCUGGACUUUGAAAACCUCGAUGCUUUCAAUCCAUUUCAGGGUUCUGUUAAGAUGGUCCUCUCCCCCGUGAAGUCUGCUGUUGAUAACCCUCACACAGAGUCUCCAAACACAGAAACAGAGAAUAUCGCAGAGCAGCCCACCAAAAUAGAAUCUGUUCUAGAUGAUACGCUUCCCUUCGACCCACCUGUGGAUCACUCCCUGGUUGACACCACCUCCAACAUCAGCUCCGCAGAGAGCAGCGUGGUCACAGUGUUGAAGGUCCCUGCCAUGGAAGAACAAGAUUCCUGCACUGCCACACCUGAUGAAAAACAACAGUCUUUAAAUGUCACUCAAGACCAUUCUUCAGGCAGUUUUGUGGAAGAUGCUCCACUGCCAACGAAGGGUUCUUAUUCUUUGGAUUUUGACCCCACCAAAAUAGAAUCUGCUCUAGAUGAUACGCUUCCCUUCGCCCCACCUGUGGAUCACUCCCUGUUUGACACCACCUCCAACAUCAGCUCCGCAGAGAGCAGCGUGGUCACAGUGUUGAAGGUCCCUGCCAUGGAAGAACAAGAUUCCUGCACUGCCACACCUGAUGAAAAACAACAGUCUCUAAAUGUCACUCAAGACUAUUCUUCAGGCAGUUUUGUGGAAGAUGCUCCACUGCCAACGAAGGGUUCUUAUUCUUUGGAUUUUGACAACCUUGAUGAGGUCAAUCCUUUCCAAACGGGUGGCUCUAAAAUUCCAAAUUCCCCUUUCAUUGGGAGCAAGGUGGCAGAAGCAAACCCACCAGUUGAAGAGAUGAAGGGAAAUGAAUCCACAGAAGCUCAAGAUGUUCAACCUGAGAUGAAGGGAAAUGAAUCCACAGAAGCUCAAGAUGUUCAACUUCAACCUGAGAUGAAGGGAAAUGAAUCCACAGAAGCUCAAGAUGUUCAACCUGAGAUGAAGGGAAAUGAAUCCACAGAAGCUCAAGAUGUUCAACCUGAGAUGAAGGGAAAUGAAUCAACAGAAGCUAAAGAUGUUCAACCUGAGAUGACACCAGCAGCGGCCCCAAUCACAACUAAUGCUGCCGAAACUCCAGCUGCUGAAUCCACAUCCCAGCCAGCUGAUGCCCAUACCCAGGAAAGAGCAGUCAAACUUGAGUUCAAUUUUGACGAUGGCAGUGAGGUCAAACGUAAACCGCCACCCAAGAAAUUGGGCAAAAGGCGACCUGGUGUCAAACCUAAAGAGGGAAAGCCAGAAUGUGACGUGAAACCACCUAAAGAAGCUCCAGUGAAGCCUGAUGCCAGUGGUGAGGCUGAUGUUCCACUCUCCAAAGGUUCUUACUCAUUUGACAUGGCCAAGUUUGAUGACUCAAACUUCAAUCCCUUUGGCACAAAAGCAAGCAUGAUGACCAACUCUCCACAGUGUAGCAAGUACGCUGAACCUGUGCUAUCUGACCCUGUGAUCAUGGAACAUUUGAUUCCAGAGAAAGUGGACAUGCCAGCGGAGAAGGAAGCAUUGUCAUCAGAAUGCGCUGGAGAGAGUGUCCCGGCUGCAGAAGUCCUCCCUGAAGCGGAAAGAGAUGAUGCUAAAGACAAGGCAGCUCCUGAUCAUGACUUCGGAUUUCUACUCGAAGUUCAACAGGAAGUUCAGCAACCCACUGAGAGUCUUCCUGGCCGCUUUGAUCUGUGUCAACCUGAGCAGAAGACGCAGACCGCCCAGCCAGAAUUCAAUGACGAGUUUGUUCCUGGAACGAUGUUCAUGGCCAAUGACUUAGAUGGACAAAUGGAUUACCUGGAACAGUUUGGGUCCCGCAGUUUCAAGGAAUCUGCAUUGAGGAAACAAUCCUUGUACCUUAAAUUUGACCCCCUGAUGAGAGAGAGCCCCAAGAAGUGUGCAGCCCCCGUGGCUCAGGCCCCUGUGCCUCGCCCCGCCGCCUUUGUUUCACGGCUUGAAACUUCUCAGAUGCCAGAAAAGUAUGCAAGCGGAGCACAAAGGGAUGAUUUCCAACUGUUUGAUCCAGCUUCCCCAAUCCUUGCAGACCUCGUCCCUCCUUUCCCUCAGACAGAGAACACAGAGGAGGCCAUUAUUGAAGUGCUGAGGUACAGUCAGCAGGACAUGGACGCCGCCAUCGCCAGAGUCCAGGCACAAGCAAAGGACACAGAGGAUCAAUGGAGUGCAAAAUAUAAAAGAACAAUUGACGAUGGUCAAGAAAUGAGGAAAAUAAUUGCAGAGUUUGAGCUCAUGAUUGCUAAAAUGCUGGCUGAUCAAGAGAAAGAGAGGGAGGUGGCCCAGACGAAGCUCACUGCGGCUCUUAUCGAAAAGGAGCAGGUCUCCAGUGACCUGAACACCAUGGAGAGAUCGUGCUCCGACCUGUUCAAGAGACUGGACAAGUACAAGGAUGUUGUUGAGGGCUUCAAAAAGAAUGAAGAGACUCUGAAAGCCUGUGCUCAGGACUAUCUGGAAAGGAUCAGAAAGGAGGAGCAGCGCUACAAGACCCUUAAAGCCCACGCCGAGGAGAAGAUUGGCCAAGCAAACGGGGAGAUUAAUGAGGUUCGGUACAAGAACAAGUCUGAGACAUCUGCCCUCCAAGCCCAGCUGAGGAGGGAGCAGCUGAAGGUGCAGUCGCUGGAGAAGAGCCUGGUCCAGAAGGAAAAAGAGGCAGAAGAUCUCACCACACUUUGUGAUGAGCUCAUCAGCAAAGUCCAGAGGGGUUGAGCUCAUUUGGAAAUCGUGUACUUUUUAAUGCUUUUCUUUCCUGUUCUUCAUUGUUCCUGUCCUUGUUCAUUCCUUUAUGUAGUGCUUUGUUUGUCUUUAUCAAUGUUAUUAAAAUACUGUAAAAAGAGAAGUUAAUAAAGAUGAUUUAAUCUUUAAUAAAGAGUUGGUGAAAAUGAU